AUGACACGAUCUAUCGAUCGAUUUGAAGCUAUAAUCAAGAACCAAAUCAAACGACACAGCCCAACUUUAACAACAAGCCUAAGCCACACCAUGUCGAAUCUAAUUACAAGUAUUAACGAAGAAAACAGCGUCGUGAAUGCAAAGCACGAAUGGAGGUCUAAUGAUGCUGAUUCCAGCUUCCACGACAGCCAUGAAACAAGUUCAUAA